AUGCCGUCAGGUCUCUUGCCGUCGUCACGGAAUAUGCCGUUAGGCUCUAAAACUGCUGGCACAUUGACGGCGACAAGAGCUCUGCGGAUGACGUCAUUGAUGCAGGCGUGUCGGGAGACUCGACCAGCGCUCAUUUGGCAUGAGAGGCCAUGGUGUCCUAACUCACCGACGCGAGUACCACAACGACAGCGAUGGGGAUGCAAAUUUUUUUUUAAACGACUCAGAUUUAUUAUCUAUCUUUUUAUAUGGCCUAUACGUUUUCAUUAUUAUUUCAUUCAAUUUCAAGCUUUAGCUGUAGCUGGUCCAAUCAGUAGCUCAUCAUCAUCAUCCAGUCGAUUCGUUGAAAUUCCAGUGGAAUGGGAUGGAACUCAACUUGAAGAGUUGGGAGCAAAACCACAAUCCAAGAAAUCGGAAAGAGCGAAAAGAAGUGUUGAUGUUAACCGAUACUUACUAUACACCAGACAAAAUCCAGAUUCUGCGCAGCGGUUGGAGCUCGAUGAUGAGGACUCAGUUUUGUCUUCCAACUUCGAUCCAAAUGAGCGAACAGCUGUGCUUAUACACGGGUUUCAAGCUCUCUUACAAAAGAGAAACACCAACGUCAUAGUCGUAGACUGGAGGUGGCUGUCCAGUCUUGACUACGUCACAGAAGUAGUGUCAGUGCCAUCAGUCGGGAGACAUAUUGGUCAAUUCUUGGACUUCCUGAAUGCAUUGACGGGAACACCUUUUAGUUCUAUACACCUGAUUGGACAUAGCUUGGGUGCUCAUGUGGCUGCAAACGCUGGAAAGGAGCUGGAAGGAAGAGUUGCAAGAAUCACUGGCUUAGACCCAGCUGGCCCAUUGUGGGGUCCCAACCCUUACCGCCUAAAGCCAUCCGACGCAGUAUACGUAGAAGCUAUACACACCGACCGUGGAACGUUUGGUACAUCAGAGAACGUAGCUGAUGCAGACUUCUACCCUAACGGAGGUUCUAAGCAACCAGGAUGCUUCACUGCUUUAUGCGAUCAUAGCAGGUCUUAUGAGCUGUUUGCAGCUUCUAUCAAUAAUGGUAAUUUAGUUGGAAAGAAAUGUUCGGGACUGACUCAAAUGAAACUGAAUUCUUGUAGAGGAAUCGAGCUGCCUUUGGGCAAUGAUGAAUUGCAGAAGACUGGGAGCGGAAUUUAUCGUCUGAAUACUGGCCGCAGUUAUCCAUAUUAAGUAAUUCAUAUUUUUAUCUGAUAAUAAAUCCAUGAAUGAAUGCAUUCAUUUAUUCAAAAGAUACGGACUAAAAAUAUAUCCCAUAAGUUAGCAUAAUUAAAAUGAAGUUAUAGUUCAAACACCACGGUCUAAACCUAUCCUAUCUUCCUAUUUUUAAAAAUAAACAGAUUAUCAAAAGAUUUCAUUGACGUUAGACGAUAUCAGUCAUCAAAUCCAUUUGUACGAUAUGACGCCAACCGAUAUCUAAAAAUCAAAAUUAGAUACCGAUAAAUAAAUAAAGACUACGUUAUCUGUAUUUUUGCAUAAUGCUAAUUUACCUACUUAUUUUUAAAUCAAAGUUAGGUUUUUUUAAUGCGACGUGUGUACAACCCGAUGGAGCU